CAGAACCGUGUGAGUGUGAUGGAAAUUUUCACUCUACGAUAUUGUGUUGACGUUAUUGCGUUAUUUACGUUUCGAUGGCGAAGUGUAAGGUGUAACUCGUGUUGAUGGCUUCAAACAAUAAUUAUGGAAUUCAUUUGGUUGCUGGAGGAAUUGGAGGAACAGUCGGAGCUGUGCUAACUUGUCCACUUGAAGUGGUAAAGACUCGCUUACAGUCAUCUUGUGCCUCUUUCCAGCCUGUGUAUUUGCAAGCUGUGUCGACCAAUGUGGGACUAAUUGGUUCGCAGACCUUGAACUAUAACUCGUGUAAAAACUUUAGUUCACAAGGGACUUUAGCUGCUGAGCAUGCACUACAGCUGGCGCAAAGUAGAUCUGUUGGAUUAUAUUUUUGUCUCAGGCAUAUUAUACAAAAUGAAGGAGUUAUGGGGUUAUUCAAGGGUCUUGGUCCAAAUCUAGUCGGAGUAGCCCCUAGCAGGGCAAUCUACUUUUUCUGUUACGCGAACACCAAGAAGACGUUAAAUGCUCGAUGGAACCCCGACACUCCUUUUGUUCACAUCUGCUCAGCAGUCACUGCAGGGGUAACAGCAUGCACUGCAACCAACCCUAUCUGGCUCAUCAAAACCCGAUUGCAGUUGGACCAAAAGAAAAACAACAGCUUGACGGUGCGACAGUGCAUAAGGGACGUGUACACCACACAUGGACUAAAGGGUUUCUACAAGGGCAUCACAGCCUCCUAUUUCGGGGUCACUGAAACAGUCAUUCAUUUUGUAAUGUAUGAGGCAUUGAAAGCGCGGUUGGCAGAAUACAGCCGCUCCAUGAUUGGAGAGCGAGACGUCUCGGACUUCCUGCGAUUCAUGGUCGCUGGAGCCUGCUCCAAGACCUGUGCUACCUGCAUUGCCUAUCCACACGAGGUGGUAAGGACCAGAUUACGAGAGGAAGGCAACAAAUACCGCUCGUUCUUCCAGACCCUUUUUCUGGUUGCUAAGGAGGAGGGUCACAGGGGCCUGUACAGGGGCCUAGCAACGCAGCUCGUGAGACAGAUCCCCAACACGGCAACCAUGAUGGCCACCUACGAACUCGUCGUCUACCUCUACGAGUGCUGGCAGAUCUCGUGAACUGGCCAUGUGACCCAAAGCAAGGCUUACUCUGCCAUUCGCCAAAUUAGCCAGUGGCUACAAAUUGACACAUUGGCUAAAGGAAUUUCUAUUUGGCUCCAUCAUUUUCAUCAUAAAAAAUAAUAAAAUAGCCAAAAUGACAAGAUUUCAGCCAUAGCAAGGCAAAUGUGGCUGAAGAAAAUUGUGAGCCAUGGGAAGCCCUGAAAAGGAUCUAGUGGAUACAACUGCAUGGUUGACGACUUCCAUAAUGUCUUUCAUAGACUUUGAAGGAGCUCAGUUCAAUACCUCUAAGGUGUAAAUCUUUGCCGACGGUUGUGCGUUUUCAAUUGUUCGAGAGGAAGUAAUAAAAUGCCACAGAAAAUGUCUGUGAUAUUGUGUGAUGGUAUUUGAGAAAAGGUUUCGGAUGAGCUGGUUGUCUAGUCAGUCUUCACAGCUUGGCAGUUUAAGCUAACGAUCUUUUCAACGAUCUGUGGUUCUACUUUGCUUCCACAUCAAGUUGUCUACAAGGCUGAGAUGUGGAAAAGUGCAAGACUUUACAAAUGUCCGAAGAAAUUGACAAUGCCCCUGUAAUUUUGAUGUGCAAGGUCUUCUUGAUUCGUUGAUUGAUGGAGAAGUGUUGGAGG